CGCCUUCGCCCGGCGCCCCCGGAGAGGGCGGCGGGCGCCCCCCGGGGACGAUGAAGGCGGAGGGGGGCGACCACUCGAUGAUCAACCUGUCGGUGCAGCAGGUCCUGAGCCUCUGGGCCCACGGCACGGUGCUGAGGAACCUCACGGAGAUGUGGUACUGGAUCUUCCUCUGGGCUCUCUUCUCCUCGCUGUUCGUCCAUGGUGCUGCGGGGGUACUGAUGUUUGUGAUGCUGCAGAGGCACAGGCAGGGGAGGGUGAUCUCAGUCAUUGCCGUCAGCCUUGGAUUUCUGGCUUCUGUCACCGGCGCAAUGAUCACUAGUGCGGCGGUCGCGGGCAUCUACAGAGUGGCAGGGAAGAACAUGGCCCCCUUGGAGGCGCUGGUGUGGGGCGUCGGGCAGACUGUACUGACACUAAUCAUCUCCUUUUCAAGGAUCCUCGCCACGCUCUGAGGCUUCUGUGGGAAUGCCCGACCUCACGCACGGAAACAGACCGCCUGAAAAUGGCGUUGGUUACAAGUAGAAACAAAUGGCCGCGGACCGUGCGCCGCGCCGGUCCUCUCGUGCUGUGUGCAGAGCCUGCCCUCUGGUGUUGGAGCGAUCGCACCACCGCACUGCACCUGCCGUGCCUCCGUCCGGGCCCGGGGCGCGAAGACCGACGGGAAGCCAGGAGGGAAAGCACCUUGUGUAGCUGCCAAUCAGGUUCACAGCGCCAUGUUCAGCUACAGGGACGUUCUGAGGAAUUGCUACAUGUGCCAAACUCUCUUCUUUCUGUUACCAUUGAUCAUGUGACAAUUUGCAAGUGUAGACGUAGAUGAGUGCUGUGAACAUCUCUGACAUGAAUUCAGGUCAUGUAGUGAGAUCUCUGUUUUGUGAUGCUGAGUCCCGUGUGAGUGUGCUCAAUCCCAAAUCGUUCGUAUGAGAGAGAUUUUUUGGUUUUUAAUGUUGAGCGUUUCUGAGAUUUAGGGCUUUCAUGUGUUUAGGCAUUAUUGUUAUUUAAUUUAUGCAGGAAAUAAUUCUUCUUCCUGGAAGACUAGCUAAACUGUUUUAAGGACUCAGAAUAGAUCUAUCGGGCACACAGUUUUUCACUAAAUUAACACACCCUUUUAAGAAUUUCCCUCAUGCAUAAAUAUUCUAUUUAGAUGAAUUCAGAAACUUUAUGGGUCACACACAUUGACUGUCGUUUGUGUGUUGGAAGAAUAUAACUUAAAAAUAUUCUUAUAAGUUUUGUUAAGAAAAAGUCUGACACACAUGUUGCAUUCUUUGACCCUUCUGAAGAAAGUUUUUGCCUUGUCUCUCACAGAGAACAUCUGUACAGCUAGCCGUGAGAACAUCUGUACAGCUAGCCGUCUGGUGUCUCGGCGGGGUUAUAGUACUUGCUGCAAGCAUCUUAACUUUGUUACAAAAUGGAACCAGUCUUUUGUUCUGGAGUGCUAACCGUGUUUAAGGAGUGCCGUGCAUUGGGCUCUGGAGCUCAAAACCGACCUGUAAAUGAGUAACAGGUGAGCUUUACAGGAUGCGUAAUAAACUGUCUUAUUUGGAUGCAUGUCAACGUCAUGGUUCUAAGGGAAAGAUUGGGAAUAUAGUUAAGCCAUUUUAAAUCUCAGCUUUAUCAGUUCAGCCCCAAACGUGUAUUUGAGUCAUUCAUUUCAUGUGUUCAGUUCUCAAUUUGAGCUGUUGUGAUUUGAGUUUACCAGAAUCCAUGAUGACAUUAAUAACAAAGGGACAUGGCCUUUACACAGAACCUUUGAAGAGGUUUUCUAAGAUGGUAGGAGGUAGGGGGAUCCCAGAGCCUGGUGGAAUUGGUCCCCCAGUGGGGUUUCCUUGGGUACCAGUUUCAAUGAUAAAUGUGCUAACUCCAAGGAAGAACUGUUGUAGAGAAUAUGAAGUUCAGACACUCCAAAAGAUGAUCUGGCACCCGUGCCUUUCCUUAUGGAUAAAAUAAAGCAAGUUUAAGUCCCCAUUUAAGUUUAAGACCUUUGUUACCCAAAGCCCCUUUUCUACACCAAAAAAGUGCAGAAUAUAUUAGCAAGUCAGCAAGGAGGAGUUAGAGAGGGUGUACUUUAGCCUGUGUGGGGAUUUACUGCCACCGGGGACUAGAGAUUUGUUUAUUUGUUUAAAAAAAAAAAAAAGUUAAGGAAUUAUAUGUUCUUAAGGAUCUUUGGAGGAAAUCUUAAAAUGGUUUUUUUAAUUAAGUGUAAGGCUGGAAUUGUUCUCAGGUGUUCUUUAUAGUCCUGACAUUUUCUUAGAUUAAAUUUAGGCUUCCCUUUCCAAGGCAGUUUGAUUUCUCCUUUCCAUUGGGCUUUGGUGUGGGUUCGUCCUUCCCUUUGGCUAUUCUGUACAUAGUGUAAAGCACCUGCCCUCGACCAGAGACCUGUCCACACUGGGCAGACCUUGCUUUAGACUGACAGGAUGAACUUAUGUUAGCAUAUGGUUAUUUCAUGGUUAAGAAAGCAAGGUAACGUGAUAGGGAGUGGGUGGUUCAUAAUCCAGAUUUGACAUUCAGCAUCUGGUUGCACCAAAGAGCUGUAAACUCCUGAUUUUAUUCUAGAAUGAAGUACAAAUGAAGAAUUAGUGAUUAGUUUGCAGAUUGCCCUGCAGUUAUCUCAUUAUCAAGUUUAUUGAUGUUAUGGUGUGGGGUGUGUGUGUGUGUGUUUGCGUGCGCGUGCACGCACGCAUGUGUGUGUGCACUAGUUUGGGGGACAUUUUUGGUUUCUUUGCUGUUUUCAGGUACUUCCAUUGGAUUUUUGGGCUACUGUCACUCUUUGGAUGGUUUGAAAUGCAGUUGAAUAGUGUGAAUUUUUGAAAUUGUCUUGGUAGCUAUUUUUAUGCUGAGAUUUUUUUAAAAGUUAGUUGUUUUCCUCUAGAGACAAUAAAUGUUUAAUGAUAUAUAUUACUAGCAUAUAUAUCAUUAUGUACAUCCACACAGAGCUGCUAUCUGUGGAUAAAGUCUGACUGGAAAGCUAUUAUGCACUGAACAGUUUGUGUUCUGGUAGAGAAUUUGAUAACAUUGUUUAGUUGAGUUAUCUUUUCAAUAAGUUUGAGGAUGUUUUAGAGUUUUGAAACUUUUCUUGAUUUCUUGUUGCUGGAAACCCUCAUUUGGGACAUGGCCCAAGCCCUUAUUAAUGUAUUUGGGAUAAACUGCCUUAAAAUGCGAUUUGGCGGUAAAUGUUCUCUGUGACAAGUGCAAGAUAGGGAGAUCCUGUGCAGUUGACAGCCUGUUGUCUAAGAAGACUCUGGAUAAAACAUCGCUGAUAAUGAAAUCAGUUCCUCAGAGAAGGAACUCCUAUUGCCCAAGCCAGUUUCUACCUAACGCGCUGGUGAGAGAUGUCCAUAUCAGAGUUAGUCAGGGAACCUUACAUAAGCCACCAGUCCUGCUUAACACCUUUUAAAGAAGGGGGUGCAGGUGACCUGCCCAUUAGGACCAGGAUCAGGACCGCUUUAUGACAGUGUGUGCGCCGUGGUUGUGCUGAUGUUAGGUCCUGAUGUUUACCAGACAGUGUUACAGUUGUAUCCAGUAUUGGUUUUUAGUUAUCUACUUCAUACAGCUCCACUGCCCCAACAAAGUAUGUGGGUUUGUACUUUCAAUGAGAGAAAUAAAGAAAUGAAUUGGCCUAUAUAUCCUGUAUUUGUGUUGUAAGAAAUGAGAUACUUUAAACUUGCAGGCAAUCUAAGCUUGUUGGAAGAGGACUUUAGAGAACCUCUGAUUGAGACAGCAGGCUGCCAUGUUCAUAUGCCUGGGCUGACACUCAGGUGACAACGGUUCAAUUCAGCAAGCAUCUUUGGGGUAUCUGCCCCAUGCAGCAUGCUGCUGUAUCAGGUAUGAGAUGGGAUUCCAGCCCUUGACUCCACCGAGAACUGACAAAACUAUUUUAAAUACUAAAAAAGUGGAGAUAGCAUUCAGCUUCCCAUUUCUAGUUGUGAGUUCAAAUCCAGUGCUUUUCCCCUACAUUUUAUAUUCUCAGCUCAUCUACUAAAUGGAAUUUUGGUACCUGAGGUGUCAUUGGUAUGGCAUAGUGAAGGCCAGAAUCCAAGCCAGCGACCUGGGUUUUAAUGCAGACUCUGUCACCUGUUGUCCCUCUGACACCAAGUAUGCCAUCUCGCCUCUGUGAGCUCUGGUUCCUGCUCUUUAGGUGCAUGAAUAUGCCAUGGAGUUGCCGUGAGGAGCAUGUGUAUUUGACAGUAGAUGAUCCACAGAUAGUCACCAGAAUUGUAAAAAAUUACACUUGGCCAUCAGUGCCAAUUGAUUUGUUGUUUUGUAAAAUUCACCUAGCUUUCUUCCAUGUCUGUAUUUUCUCUACAUAUAUUUUAGGAAGGAAACUGAAAUAAAAAAAUUAUCUUACAAUCUUGCUUACUUCACCUCUUCACUUUUCAGAUAGCAGGGAGUCAGAGAUGGUGGAAUGGCCAUGAUUCUGGUCACCGUGGUGGGUAUAGGAACGGGGUAGAGGUGGCCAGCAGUCGCUCCUUACCCUGCUCAGCUGCAGCUGGACUCACCCAGCCGGCAGCCACUGACUUGCUGCUGUAUGCGAGUUGUCCCUGUGAAGGGGUGUAAGAAUGAGUGAGAUCCAGCCCUUCUCUCCUCCAGUUUCCACCAUUCUGUGGCCAGCCCACGGCAUUCGCUCAGUAGUUCAGUGUCAAGUGUGUAGGGAAAUCGAACUGGGCUUUGUCAUCUACCAGGUCCCUCCUUUCCUGGAGCAAAGAUGCUUCAAGCCUUUGUUGCUGUUGUUUUGUUGGUUGGUUUGGCUUAAAAGGAAAGACCAUUAUUUUAAAUUCGUAACCAUUAUAUAAUUCAAGAAGGAUCAAGAUGCUAAGAUUAUUUUCUAAAAUGUUCUCAAACUACUUCUGUCUCUUGCUAUUACAAAGCUUUCUCACAGAAAGCCUCAUUCAGAACCUCUUUGAUCUAUAGUUGUCUGGUUUUUAAAACAUGAGGAACGUGGAAAGUUCCUGCAGAAAUUCUGGUGGACUUAGGUUGCACAUAUCUGGUAACCCUAGUUGGGUCACUGGAUCAAUUACUGUUUCUUUUAGUGACCAGGAGAGAGACUCUCAGUGGUUAAAGUGGACUAAUUAAUAAUCAAGUGAUCUACUUUCUCUUGACUUCCUGUCCUUUUUACACCACUGUGGAGGAGACUCUCCAGGAUACAGGAACAUCAUCUGAGUAAAAAUUACAGCACUUUUCAACCAUCUGCUGCUGCCUUGUAGCAGAAGGAAGUUUAAAGACAGGAAGAAGUGUUGGAAGGGUAGUGCCCACAUCAGAGGCAUAGCUGAUGACGCACCCCCUGUUGAUGUGAACACAACCCACCCCAUUCUUUUGAGACUGGAUUGCGCAGUGUGCAUGUGUGCUGCCUGUUUACACAAUUUGCUCUCCUUAUAUGUGAGAACUUGCUAUGAUGCAUUUUGAAAUCAUACCGUGUGUGUGUGUGUGUGUAUGUGUGUGUGUGGUAGAUUUGCUCUUCUAACUGAAGGAUCUCUGUUGUGUGGAGAUAAUACAGCCUUGUGAAGGAGGCUGCUGAAUUAGUUACUUAAAUGUAUAUCUGUGAAUUUGUUUGGAGGAACUAAUGAAUACAAGAAGUGUUUUCCGUAAAGUGGAGAUGUGCCUGUUAGCACUUUAUUGAGUGAGUGGAAACCCUCAACUGUGGGAGUGAGCUGAGCUGUGAACUCUCAUCAUCUCCUCCCUUGAGUUUUGGGGACUAAUUUUCAUGCUUGUUACAUUCUUUGCCCUUACACUGACCUUGGGUGAUGACUGUUUCUUGGUUUGGAGAACCAAUUUGGCAGUGUCUUUAAAAUCAUCUUCCUCUUUCCACAUGGACGUUAUGCAUUAUGGUUUAAACCUAUGUACAGUUUGUUGAUAGAAUCUGAAGUGCUUGGGAAAUGCAGAUAGAAUCUUAGUGAAAAAUAAUUAUUGUGGCAAGUCAGGAAAGCGUGAGCCUCUGAUGUCUUUUUUUUAUUAUUGUAUGCCACACCUCCUUACAGUCUUGUCUAUGCCAAGAGUAAAAUGGCUGUCCCAUGUAGGGGAGCGUUUAGAUGUGUAACUAAAACUGGAAAGCCAUACAACAAAUACAUAGAAAGGAGAACAAUAGUGCACAUCAUCUGGAUCCCACAAUGUAACACAUUUCUCCUAAACUCAGAGUGGUAACUUCAAAAAGCAUCACUUUUUUAGAGCCCCUCUUAAGUGAGUAUUAAUUGGAGAAUACUAUUGACAAGGGUUUACUGUGUUUUUUUUUUUUUAAUUAAAGGAUUUGCACAUCAUCAUUAACUAUCUUUGGGAUAGAACAUUUUAAAGUUUUCUCCAAAGAAAGCAAAGUAAGAGGUGCUUAUUAAAAAUGGCUUGCUGUCAAUACUGGAUGAGCUGAUAGUCUAAUUGUUGACGCUUUCUUAGUAUUUGUGAUACUGGGUAUGUUUGCAAUUGAAGAAUUUUAAAAAUUUCCCCCAGUCCUCUUCCCAGUAUGCAUAAUUAUAUGAACAAAUAUGAAAUUCCACAGUAUUUUUCAUUCUAGCCAUAUAACUUGAUAAAAUUCAAGGAAUGCUCCUGUAGGCACAAGCCUCAGCUCUGCUCAUUGUGGGAUGAGGGGAUCAACUUGUUCUUGAAAUCAACUGGCAAAGAUGUCUUUAUGUCAAUGGCAAAAGUAUAGCUCACCUGUGUAAUAUUGUGGGCCUCACUUUCAAAUUGUGUCAGCUCUCAGAUCACUGAUAGUCAUUUGGUAAAUAACAGUGUACUUUUUAAAAGCUAAAUGAUCUCUUAGUGCCUUGAAAGUUAAGAUACUUUUGCAAAAUGGAUUUAACAAAAUUCAGGAUCGGCACAGAUGGGCUGGCUUUUGUACUGUCAACUUCAGAGUUGAGGAAGAUGUCAUUAACUGCAUCUUAGCUGUCACGUUCCUAUGUUUCAGUACAAAUCUGUUAUUGCAUCGUAAACGAUGGCAGAUAACAACUGCUUUCAUUAUAUUUUCAUGAUGUAUUUUUCUUUUUUCUUUUUACAAGUAAGAAAUGGGGAAAAAUAUAGUCAAGAAGUAAGUGUGGGAUUUUAAGCUCUAGUUUUGUUUUAACCUAGACAUUCUAGGGUGAACAGUGUUAGUUUUAUACUGUAGUCCACAGGCAGACACUUUGUGUACCCUUUAGAAAUGUGUUUACCGUCACAGGUUUAUUUUUACUGUAGAAAUAUGUACUGUGAAGCAAAAAGACAGGAAGAAUAAAUGUUGAUGGGUCAUACACAGACACAAACACGUAUUUGAUGAAGUCCCCUACAUUAUGUGAACACAAUUUCCCCCUUCUGUGAAGACUAUAAACUACCCUGUAUGAGUAUGUGUAUGCAUGUUUACAUGAUACAAUUUAAUUUUGCAGGAUUAUUUUAAAAAGUAUGUUUAUAUAUUAUACCUAACAAGCUGUAAAUAUUGUAUACUAUUGAUUUUUAAUUUUAUAUAAGCAAUUUUUUAUUUCCCAAUUCAUGUACAAAUCUCAUUGUAUAUACAGCAUACUUUUCCUGGAGAACACAGAUUUUGCAGUGAAUUUUCAGUAAUUUUAAUUGCAGUAAGCAUCAGGCUAGCCUUAGAGAUGUUGAUCUUUCUUUCAAAUUACUUUUCACCACUUUCAUUUUCUCCAAAAGGGCAGCAAUAAACAUAUGCAAGUUAUUUUUGAUUAAAGGAAAUUGGUUCCAUUUAUUGUUUGAGAACAGAUGCACAGCUGACAUCCUCCAGUGUCUGAUCCCAGGGCCGUGUCUUGAGGUCCCCACGUGACCCUUCUCUCUGUAACCUACAGGGUGAACUCUGCCGACACUCACAGAGACAUCUGUCAAAAGUGAACCCAGCACUUCAGUGUCAUUACACAGAAUUUAUUGGAUUAAAAAUUUGUAAUAUAUAGUAUUUUAAUAAAGUUUCUGUAUUCGAUUUCAUGCACUUAUAUAUAAAUAAACCUGUCUUUAAAAGCUUUA